CCGGGCGGGUGGCGCCGGGGAAGCUGGGCGCGGGGUCCCUGCGGCGGGGGUGCUCCCGCCUCGCUCGCCCACACCGCGGGCACACAGCUGAGCGCCCGGCCCCGCCGAUCGCGCGGCCCCGAGCCGGCAGGGUGGCUCCUCCGGAAAGCCGGUAUGGAGGUGAACUGUUUAACACUAAAGGACCUGACCAGUCCCAGGCAGCCCAGACUGGAUUUUGCAAUUGAGGAAAAUGCCCAAAAGGAAAAUAUUUUUGUGGACCUGUCCAGGAUGGCCCCGAAGACACCAAUAAAAAAUGAACCAAUAGAUUUGUCAAAGCAGAAGAUCUUUAGCCCGGAAAGGAACCCCAUCACGCCCGUGAAGCCGGCAGACAGGCAGCAGCAGCAGGCAGAGCCAUGGACGCCCACGGCCAACCUGAAGAUACUCAUCAGUGCAGCCAGCCCGGACAUCAGAGACCGGGAGAAGAAGAAGGAGCUGUUCAGGCCCAUUGAGAACAAGGGUUCAGCCUACACAGACUCCCUGCAGCUUGAUGUCGUUGGGGACAGUGCUGUGGAUAGAUUUGAAAAGCAGAGGCCAAGCAGAAAGCAGAAGAGCUUAGGGCUCCUGUGCCAGAAGUUUCUAGCUCGCUAUCCAAGCUACCCCUUAUCAAGUGAGAAGACCACCAUCUCCCUGGAUGAAGUAGCUGUCAGCCUUGGAGUCGAGAGGAGACGCAUCUAUGACAUCGUCAAUGUGCUGGAGUCCCUGCAUCUGGUCAGCCGCGUGGCCAAGAACCAAUAUGGCUGGCACGGCCGGCACAGCCUGCCCUCAACCCUGAGAAACCUCCAGAGGCUGGGAGAGGAGCAUAAAUAUGAAGAGCAGAUAGCACAUCUUCAGCAGAAAGAGCUGGACCUGAUGGAGUCUAAAUCCGGAGAGUGGAGGAAAGACGCAUCAGUCGACAUCCAAAAUCAACCCUUGCUGGAUUUCUCAGAACCCAGCUAUCACUCGUCAUCUGUGAACAGCAGAAAAGACAAAUCUCUCCGAAUCAUGAGCCAGAAGUUUGUUAUGUUAUUCCUGGUCUCUAAAACCAAGAUGGUCACGCUAGAUGUGGCUGCCAAGAUACUCAUAGAAGAAAGCCAGGAUACUCCAGACCAGAGUAUUAAAUUUAAAACAAAGGUCCGGCGGCUCUAUGACAUAGCCAACGUCCUGACCAGCUUGGCGCUGAUCAAGAAAGUGCAUGUGACGGAGGAACGGGGCCGGAAGCCCGCCUUCAAGUGGAUCGGACCCGUGGACUUCAGCUCCAGUGGUGAAGAACGCAUGGAUGUCUCUGCAUCUGUCUUACCAGAACUGAAGAGAGAGACAUACGGCCAGAUCCAAGUCUGUGCAAAACGGAGGCUAGCUCGGCAUGGCUCUAUCAGCCCAGCCCACCCUUCAGUGAGGGUCCAGAGGAAAGGGAACUCAGAACCCAGCAGCCCUUACAAAGAACAAGGCUCAGGGGGCUUCUCCUUAGAAAUUGGAAGUCUGGCAGCUGUCUAUAGACAGAAAAUGGAAGACAGUGCACAGGGAAAGGCCUUUGCUGGUGAGCUGGUGCUGCAAACUCCAUCAGGCAGCCUGGAGGCUGCCACCACCCCUGCCCCUAGCAGCUCAGCUGACUCAGAAUAUGGUGCCGAUAACCCCUUAGUCCAUCAAGUGUUUUCUGUGGCCCACGUGGACUUGCAGGCCUUCUCCGCACAGAACAAUCUGAACGGACAAGUGGGUAUCCCGCUCCGCCCUGUGGCCUCAGAGGUGGACUGCCCAAAGCCAGCGCUGCUGGCCGGGCAGCCCCUGGUGUACGUGCCCUCCACCUCGCUGUUCAUGCUGUGUGGGAGCCUGCCAGAGGGCCCAUCCCCGGGGCCAGAGAGGGACAGCGGGGGGUCGGGGGCCACGGUGGCAGCAGAACCACUACCCGUGCCCUCGGUUCAGAAACGCCUCAGGAAGGAGAGAAGGCCUCGGGAGGAAGAGCCAGCCACCAAGAGGCAAAGUCUGGACUGUGAGGACGGCCCUCUGGCCCUUGUCAUGCCCAAGGAAACAGCCAGUGGCUUCACCUCUUCUGAGUGGGGGAAUCCUUCAAGAAGCACAGAGACUGAAAAGCCUUCAAAAGACAAGGACAGCACCAAAGAGUCCUCAUUACCACAGUAUCUUUACGUACAAUCCCCAGCAGGACUGAAUGGUUUCAGCGUGCUCCUGUCUAGCGGUCAGCCCUCCCCUGCCCUGGGCCCGUCGUCCCCUCAGCUGUCACCCAUCAGUGUCCCCUGCAUGGUUCUACCGUCGCCCACGCUGGGUCCGUUUCCUGUGCUCUAUUCCCCCACCGUGCCCGGACCCACGCCCUCUGCUCCGGGGCCUCUCCCCAGUGCAGGACCUGUGAACUUCAGCCUGCCCAACCUGGGAGCCGCCACGCACCUGCUUAUCAGCCCCGCAGCAGUGGUCAAGCCCAGCCCGUCCACACUCGCCCCCGCAGACCCUCAGCUUCAGGCUCAGCACUCUCUUCACCUGAGCCCUGUGGUAUCCAGGUCACAGAAGGUCAUCCAGCCCGAGUCCCCCGCACAGCCUGUCUCUGUGGUCAAACUACAGCAGUCGCCAGCGCCCGUGACCCCCAAAGGCAUUCGACGUACUCAUCCAGAGACAUUUUUCAAGACACCUGGCAGCCUCAGAGACCCUGACCUUAAGAGAAGGGAGAAGAGUCAGUCCCGGAACACCACCUCGGCUCAGAGGAGACUGGAAAUCCCCAGCACGGGGCCUGAUUAAUCAACCCAGCGAUCUGUAAACAACCAGCUCGGUGCAAGCCGGGGCCAACCCCACGUCCCUACACCACACCACGCAAAGGGAAGAAGCAGAAUUCGGCCGGGGCUUCUGCGUGCCAUCCUUCCUUUCUCUUCCACCUCCUGCUUCUCACGUUCGCUUCCCACCAUCAUAGGUUCUCUCGUGUCCUGAAAGUCAUGUGUGAUGGUUAUUCACUGUGCAUCUAACCCCAGUUCAGAGCCCAGACAACUGUCAAAGGCCCCGAUGGGCUUCUGCAGUUUGCGCUCCAGAAUCUCUUGUUACCGCAGGCGGCUCUGAGCGGACUUCUCGAGCCUCGUGGUUUUUCUGAAGGGGGGUCGGGGUGGGGUCGGGUGGGUGUAGCACUUAACUUGGGUGAGUAUUUUUCACAGACACCUCCACUCAAGUGCCCUGGACAAUGAGAAAAGCUUCCUUUCUGCAGUUAAAAUUUUAAAAAGAAAAAAGAAAAAAAGCUCCUAUAGGAAGCUGACUUUAGUUGUGUGAAUCCUCUGGUUAUUAUUAUUUAUUAUAUUCCUGAUGUGGGAUUUAGUGCAAAAAAAUAAUAAUAAUAAGUUUACAACUACCACAAAAACACAUGUUUUCUUCAGGGUAGACGACUUGAAUGUGUAUAUAUAUAUAUAUAUAUAUAUAUUUUUUUUUUUUUUUUCUCCCCUCUCAUUUGCCCUGCACUUAAACUUCACACUCUGGUAAUAAUGUGGACACAUGCGUAUACACACAGAGGAGACGUUGGAGACCAGCAUGACUGAAGGACACGCCGUGACGUCAUGAACCAUGUCAGCCCAUCUGAGCUCAAGGACCGAGAUGAACUCGAGGCCCCUCAGAGCUGCUGUGCUCUGGCGGCCCUGUGGACAUGGAGGUCUUUAUCGUGUGGUUAUAAAAAUCCCACACCGUGUCUCUGUUCCCUUCACUCACUACAUGCCCCUGUGGUUUUGGUUUUUUGUUUGUCUGUUUUAAUUUAAAUGUUAACUGUAGAGUUUCCAGCAUAGAUGCCUUUUUAACAGUAGCUAUUUCAGGAACCUGGUGCGUGGUGAAUGAUCCAGAGACUGGGAACCUGGGGGAACCUUGUAGAAUUCUGCAGAGGAAUGAUGUUGAAGAGGUUACAGGGUUUAUUUAUCUUUGAUUUUUUUUUUCAUUCUUAAGUCCAUGUCUGUGAGGGUAAGAAGGAACAUGAGCACAUUCUGUUCUGUGUCCAAGAAUAUUCCAGCCAGUAUCACAGGGCGCUUGUAGUAGAUGACGGUGGGGGCAGGGGACUGUUGGUCCAGCGUGAAUGCAAUUCUAAAACUCUGGUAUGCAGUGUCCUUGGGCUGAGACAAAUCACUUCAGGGUUUUAUGAAAUAGUCACAUCCUUAGAUUCCUUGAUACUUCCCUCUCUUCUACUUUUCCUCCUCACCUUUUCUUCCUAUGAAACUUCUCUCUUAGAUUUGGAAUCUUGGUAUAGGGCCUUUAUUAUUAUUAUUAUUAUUAUUAUUAUUACAAUCUCUGGGCCCAAUUAAGUGCUGUAGGAGAGAAUGGGAACUAUUAAUUGAAGAGACUCUGGGAGUCUUAAGUAAAGUAGCUUUUUAUAUUAACUACCAGGCAAUAUUAGCCUUAUUCCCUCACAAGAUUGUUGAAAAACUUUAGGUAGAUGGUUUAAAUAAAUUUGCUAUUAUAUAAAAAUUUUAUCAACACUAAACUUUUAAAGUUUACACGAUGCUACUCCCCCCCCUUUUUUUCAUAUUCUUGAGAGUUGAAGAGAUUAGAAUGUGCUUCUAAUCGUUAACUGCAUGGUACUACUUAACCCUGACUAACAUAAUGGCUUCCCUAGUAAAAGAAAUUUUAAAUAACCCUGUUUACUCCCCCAGGUAGAUUACAGAAUACACAGCCUAUAGAUAGAUCUACACAAAAUACACUUUUUCUCUUUUUUUUUUUUUUAAACAGAGCACUGCUUAGCUCUGCCUUAUGCUGGUGUGGGGAAGUGGACCUGGGAGCCUCAGGCACAAUAGUCUAUAUACAUAACCACAACGCAUGCUCUCUCUGCCUCGCCCUACAUGCAAUUUUAAAUACAUUUUCACCAGAGUGGUCUCCAUUGAGGUGCAAACACACAUCAAUGUUCCUCCUUCUCUGCGCUAAAAUUUCUCCCAUUGUCCUUAAAAAAAAAAAAAAAAAUCUGUUCAUGUGACCAUUAGAAACCUCAGAGCAGUCACGGUUGGUGUUAGGAGGCCACCGCCACCCCUGCCCAGACAGGAAAAUCUUAGGUCAGUAUGACUAGUUUGCAACAGAAGACUAAGAACAAAUUCACUCGGCAUCCACCUCUUAACUUGGCCUUUGACCGUAGAGGCAAUUCUGACUGGGAAUCGACCUCAGACAGGAACAACUGGUGAGGGCCCUGGCUCACCUGGACUAGAAGGUUUGGGUAAUGAAAACAUAGCGGCAGACUUGAGUGGAUCCUUGUAGAAUUAAGUCAAGGAGAAAAACGCUGGUGAUGUCACCAGCAUGGCCACUGAAGCAGGUGCUGUCCCCUACACUGUCCGGGGUUCCUGAAACCCUUUCAUUCUGGUACAAGAGUUGGGGGUUUAACUUUUUAUACUUGAAUCUACCUACCAAGUUUACAUUACUCAAUUUCUUUCUUCUUUUUUAAGGUGCUAUUUCUGUAUUUAAAGAACGUUUGAUUUUCAAUAUGAAGCUGCUUUCUGCCUAUCUUCUUGCACUGCUAGUUUGUUGUAGGUGUUAAUUGUGAUUGAUGCUCACUGCUUUUGUUUUCCCCUUUGAUAUUGUGUUCUUUUCUGCGCUAGUGGCUAUAUUUAUGCUCUUUGUUGUAACACUAGUCUGUAGAGACUGAUCGUUCUUUUAGAGAAAUACUAAACGAUUUAAAAAAAAUAGCAGUAAGGAUCAAUUCAUUUAAUAAAAGAUGUUG